GUACUGUGCUAUGGAAAGCUCUCUCCGAUCCACCAGAAGACGAGGCCCGAGACCUCCCCUUGUCCCUACGGACGAGAACGCUCCACAGGAACUGGGGACAGUUCACGCACAGACUCGGAGUGGCUGGCACUGCAGUGGCUAGGAAACAGUCGGAAAUAGCUGAUCCACUUCCGGUCUCCGGGAUCUCAACUAGCGGUAACUGUUCGCAUGCGGAGCGGGAUCUGAUACAAUGUGUUCGUGUCGGCUGCAGCACGAUCUAGGACGAUGUUGACUCAUGCGUGAGUUGGCAUGUGGCUGACAGUCGGACAUGGCAGGAUACGACUAGCGGGAAGGAUCCGAGCUCAGCGCGACCGUGAGCUGGACUCUGCUGGACUCAUACAAGUCACUUUGCCGAAGCUUACUCUGGCGCCAUCCUUCUCUUUAUGUCGAUAAACCCGAGUCAGAUCUAGCCACAAAGUCAGAUCUCAUACCGCAUUUGCUGUGACGGAGUGGAUGGACCGAGCACUUGUGGCGCAGUUCUGGAGACAGCCGCGGCGAAUCCGAGGGUGCCCUAGACUACCCGAGGCGGGGAAAUGAUCAGAUUGAUUCAAAAAGAUGUGAUUAUGUCAGCAUAUCCGAUCACGCGUAGCCUUCUGCGCUUGUCCCGGGUCCAGGCACCGCUUCCAUCCCACCCACAGGAUAUCAACUCGCUUUGUCUGUCACCUCGGAACCCUUACGCCUUGCCUCCCUACUUAUGCCUGCCGCCAUAGUGGGUCCAUCGACGCCUUCACCCACCACCUCCCUCAAGCGCUCUUCCUCUACCGCCUCCUUUUCCGACAACACCAAACGCAAGGCUCCACGCAUGGGUCUCCACAGGACUGCCUCGUUUUUGUCGCUCGACGACUACCGCGGCGAAAAUUCUCCCUCCCAACCCGCCUCACUCUACCGCUCGCGUUCCUCCUCACGCAGCGACCUCUCCCGCUCUACUUCCUGUGUAACCCUUCAACAUUACAAGGAGCAACGAGAGCAGCGGAAAAUACAGCUCCCACGAGGCCGCGCUGAGUUUACCAUCGCACCGCAGCCCUCAGAGGGCGAUGCAUCCACCUCUACAACCUCUCCCACACGCAAUGCACCAAGACCACCCCUUCCCAUACGCCCAUUGUACAGCCAGCGCACCACUUCACCCCUCUCCCCAUCUCCGAAGUUACUCCCACCUCGCGCCUCGUUUCCGCGCUCCAAGCGUGAGCCCGACCUUUACCGUAUGGCCAUCCAAACACGGAUGCGCUGUUCUCCUGAGGGGGAGAAAAUUCUCAUGAUGGGCCCUCGGUGCGCACUAUCCAUCCUCUCGGCAACGAGGGACUUGGAGAAGAUGGUCUCAUACCAAUCAGACGAUGACUUCAACAUGGACACGGGGGACCAGGAGAUGUUGACGAAAUCAUGGAUCAUGCUCCCACCGCAUGACGAAUGGGACAUGCUGGUCGACGGACGGGCGUAGGACGCAGUCCACAGCGGCCUGUAGUGGCUCUUCGGACUCGGAUGAUUUCACCUUUGGAGCAUUUCAUUGAGUGGGUUUAGGCAACGGGCUAAUUGUUUCUCGAGGCAUCUCGAUCGGCUGAUUUAGGGUGGAGGGCAGAUAUCUUCUUUGUGCUUAGUUGGACUUGAUAAUGACGUUCCUAUGACUUGUAUACUACCACUUACAUAUAUGUUACCAACACGCUGUAGUUUACUAUUGUACUGGAUAUACCCCCCUCUUGUGGUAAUGACCUUGUGCGCAACCAUCUGCUUUGUUCUC